AUGCCGCCCCGUAUUCUCUUUCAGUCGCCUUUGAAGGCGUUCGCUGGUUCGUCCUGUGUACAGAACCCAAUCACGGCGUUGUCCUUGAGACCAUGCAAGACCUCUAUCAGAGCCGGCUCGAUCGAAGCCAGGGAGCGGAGAAGGCAUGACCCGUUCCUCAUGGCCCAAUCCCGCCAGCGUAAAGCUGCCAACCUGUCUCGCCAGAAAGCCCUGCGUGAAGAGCGAGAAGCGGCCCUGGGCAACCCUGUCGAGAGCAAACCCACGGCUUUCAUCGAAUCUCUCCAGAGCCUUCAGAAACCGGAUGCCACCAUUGAUCCCAAGUCUGCUGAUGCACUCAAUUAUUUCCUGAAGACCGACGAGCUCAACCAAGCGCUUGAGUAUUCGAAGACCCUCACAUCUCCUCUGGAGAACCCGGACCGUGAUACUGCAGACCCUCAACUCGAGAAAGAAGCGGCAGAGCGGCACCUGCAGGAACAUCGAAAUGCCCAAGAAGCUAUUAGCCGGAUCGUCAAUCUAGCAAACGGUAACACCAAAGACCGUACUCGAGUCAACAUCCAGAAAUGCAUCGAGACUUUUGGACGACACAAGACCGAUCAGAGUCUCCCGCCAAAACCGGCGGCUAUUACACACGAAUCCGCGCCGAACCACCCACAGAAGGCACCCCGUGCUGGCCCAGACACUGGCUCGCCGGAGGUACAGGUCGCCAUCCUCACCACUAAGAUUCUGAACCUCUCCCGUCACCUCCAGGGUACGAACAAAGACAAGCACAACAAGAGGAACCUGAGACUUCUGGUUCACAAGAGGCAGAAGCUUCUUCGGUACCUGCGCAAGAAGGAGAGAGGUGGACCGAGAUGGCAGAACCUCAUCGAGAGUUUGGGGCUCUCCGAUGCUGCCUGGAAGGGAGAGAUCAGCAUCUAGGAGGCAUUACUUCGUACUUUGAGUUAGAUACUCGUGCAUCUGCGCUGUCGUAUCUAACUGGCCCCUGACGUUUAUGAUUUCAUUGUCUGCUCCAAUGGGUCGAGCGUCUGCCAUUUCUCGCCCCGAGUUUCUUUGCUUUCAAGAGAGCCUGAUAUCCCUAUGGGUAGCCUUUUGUAUAAAUAUCUUAGUUACGCCCUCGAAUGUACAACAAGCAUCAGCGAAAUCCACCUCUUUAUCAUUUUAAGUCGUGAAUCAAUUACCCAAGAUGUGAUCCUAGGUAGUAGAUAUUGAGAGCCAGAGAUGAUUCCAUUCGAGACACGCCUUCAUACCUUGAAUCUCCUCCGAACGCCCCCAAAUUCGUCUGUCCAUCUGAACAACUGCCC